AUGGAUACCUAUGAUAGAAGAAUGGAAGGAUCAAAGUUCACCUGUUUUGUGUGUAAUGUGCAUGUUACGUCCCAAGGACAACUGACGAGUCACCUGAAUGGCUCACGUCACAAGACAAAGCUGAGGAUCCAGCAGAGAGGGGCCCAGUCAUUGAGGGGACGCUGGUCUAAUAAUAAACAAGAGGCUCGAUGUUUUACAGGUGGAGGAGGAGGAGGAGCAGGUGAGGGCAACAGCUUACCAGCAGGUAUAAGGUACGACUCUCCUGGAGCUGAUUAUCAGCAAGGAACUACAGAUUCCAACUGGUACCAACCCAGCCCAGCCAAAAAGUCGCGCAGAGAUUUUUCAAACUACCGCACACCAAGUGGCAAGUAUUACUGCUCAACCUGUAAUGUUACGCUUAAUGCCGAGGGCCAGUUUGCUCAGCACAUUGACAGCAAAAGACACAAGUCCUCCAGCUCUCUGCAGCGCAAUUACUUAGAAUCCGCCGAUUUUACAUAA